UACGAACAAUACUCGGCUAAAAUCUGCUCAUAGGCGAACUUUCAUAUGUACACAAAUGGUUCGAAUGUACUCAGUGUAAUUUGAAUUGUCAACUUGGACUAGAGGGUACAAAUUACAACGGGCACCGCAAAAAACAAAAGAAAAAAUGUUGAAAAUAAACAAAUGCGGGUUGACAGUGAAAAAUGUAGCAAAGUUAACUAAUAAACUAUGGAGGCAAUCUAUAGCAACAAGUGUCAGUCGUCAACAAUAUGAAUAUCAACAACAAACUCAUCAGCAACAACAAGAUGGCCGCAUUCCAACUCAACCUAAGGCCCCCACCGUUGAAGAGAACACAAUUGCCAAAGAGGAAUGGCGUCGCGCAAAACCCUUAGAUGAAAUGCCUACCAUUAGCCCUUUGAAAUUAUUACGAAAUUUUUUACCCGGCGGCACAUAUCAUGGUCUCGAUUCUGCCCAACUUAUGUUGGCCUUUAAAGAAGAUCUGGGGGCAAUUGGCCUGGUAAAGGGUGUGUUUGGCAAACCUGAUACUGUGCUUUGCCAUGAUCCUCAGGAUUUUGAAAAAGUCUAUCGCAAUGAGGGUGUUUGGCCUACAAGACCGGGUAUGGAGAUACUCUAUCAUUAUCGCCAUGUCAUACGUAAGGAUUUCUUUCAAGGUGUGGAGGGAUUAUCGGGAACGCAAGGUGAAAAGUGGGGAUCAUUUCGCUCAGCCGUUAACCCCAUUCUUAUGCAGCCCAAAAAUGUACGGGUAUAUUUUCACAAAAUGUCGCAGGUGAAUAAGGAGUUCAUGGAAAGAAUACGCGAAAUACGUGAUCCCCACUCUCUUGAAGUACCCCGCAAUUUCGAGGAGGAAAUGAAUCGUUGGACCCUGGAAUCAGUAUCUGUGGUGGCUUUGGACAAACAAUUAGGUCUCAUUGGAAGAAAUCGUGAUAACCCCGAAGCAAAACUCUUAUUCAAAUCCUUAACUGAGCUUUUUGUCUACUCAAUGGAGUUGGAACUUAAACCAUCCAUAUGGAAAUACUAUACAACGCCUACCAUGAAAAAGGUCACCGAGAGUUUGGAUCACAUAACAGAGAUAACGAAAAAAUACAUUGAAGAGGCCAUUGAACGCAUUGAGAGUGAACAGAAAAUGGAUUUACCCGAAAAACCAGAAAGUGAGAAAAGUGUGCUGGAGAAAUUGGUGAAGAUCGAUAAGAAAAUUGCCAUGGUUAUGGCCAUGGAUAUGCUGAUGGCUGGUGUAGAUACGACUUCAUCCACUUUCACCGGCCUGCUCUUGUGUCUGGCCAAAAAUCCUGAUAAACAAGCUAAACUACGUGAAGAAGUGCGCAAACUUCUGCCCGAAAAGGACUCCGAAUUUGAUGAGACUGUCUUUAAUCAUAUGCCCUAUUUGAAGGCCUGCAUUAAGGAGUCUUUGCGCAUGUACCCCCUGACGCUGGGCAAUACUCGUGUCCCCAUUAAUGAUAUUGUGCUGCAAGGCUAUCGUGUGCCCAAAGGAACUCAAGUUAUUAUGAUCUCAACAUCGCUGAUGAAGAAUGAGAGACAUUACCCUCGUGGCAAUCAAUAUCUGCCCGAACGAUGGUUGAGACCGUCGCAACAAGCGGAAGAGACCCCCAUAGGCAAUGAUAAUGAGUGUCCGGUGGCUCUAAAACCUAGUAGUCCUUUUAUUUAUUUACCCUUUGGAUUUGGCUCACGCAGCUGCAUUGGCCGUCGCGUUGUAGAGAUGGAAUUAGAAAUGGGCAUUGCUCGUCUUAUACGCAAUUUCCAUGUUGAGUUUAACUAUCCCACUGAUAAUGCCUUUAAGUGUGUUUUGAUUAAUGUGCCAAACAUUCCAUUGAAAUUUAAAUUUACCGAUAUCAAAGACUGAGGAUUGGACCGAAGAUUGGGUCAUUUAAGUAUCUCUAAGAACAUAACCAGUGAAAUGUUUAGUUCUAUGUUGAAUAUAUGUAUACGAAUAUUUUUAGGAUCGAAAAGCUUUGUUAUACAGUUUUAGUUGAAAUUAAAAUGGUUUAAAAAUAAAAAUUUUGCAAUAAAA